AAAUCGUACGAGAGAGGCGACCACACCAAUUCCUCUCUUCCACCAUCUCCCUUCAAUUCCUAAUCACACCAAUAAAAUAAACCCUAAACCAGGAAAUUCACACCAAAUUGAAAAAGAAAUCCGAUUUUUACUUAAACGGGUGGGGCAAAAUAUCCGAUUCUUCCUCCUACUUUGGCCAUAUCCGAUUCUUCUGUUCUUCCUGGUUCGUCGGCGUUUUUGCAGACCUUGCAGUCGCAGCUUCGCAGGUCCAAGUCCUCAGAUAUGUCUUCGAACUCCGGCUUGUGCCCUACUGGUGUUUAUGUUUUUUUUUUUUUGCGUCAGUGGCUACUGCCCACUGGCCAGUGAGGUUUCAAAGCCGUGUUUUCCAAAUUUCAAUUUUUUUGUUUGGUAAUAAAAUCUUGAGGUUAAUUCUAUUUUGUUUGACACUUUGAUCUGAUCCGUGCCCACACCCAUGUUGAUUUAUGCAUUUGAUUUUCUGGAGAUUCAUGGAAGUUGAAUUCAAUUAAACUCCCCAUCCAGAGAAUUUAUUCUGCAAAUUGAUUUUUUUUGUUGUUGCAUGAUUGGUUUUUAUUCGUCGUUCAUCAAACAAAAAUGUGCAGGAAUUAGGUUUUGGGCAUAGAGUUUCUAGUGGUGUGCGAAUGACUAUGAGGAAUCUAACCCUAAAAAUAACUUGUAGACUACAAGAAUAUUUACCUUUAAACAUCAGUAAUGUAUCUAUGGGUGUUGUUUGGGAUAUCUAAUUAUGUACCCUUGAUAUCUUUUGACAGAGUACGAAGGGGAUGGAGAGGAUGGCUUCAUCGGAUAUAAUGGAUCGGGAUGAAUGUGCAAAUGAUGUUAGAGCAACUAAGAAUGACGAUGUAGAUGAGAACGAGAAUGAGCCGUGGUACGAAGACGAUGGAUCAUCACCUGGCAAUCCUUUUGGAGCAGCGGACAAUCCAUCGGACUUGGACAGGGAGUGGCAGAGGUUGCAUGACCAAUUCCAUACGAUGGGAUAUCGUGAUGGUCUUAUAGCAGGAAAGGAAUCUUCUGCUCAAAAAGGGUUUAAUGCUGGUUUUGUAGAAUCAGUAUAUGUUGGAUACAACUGGGGUGUACUCAAAGGCGUAAUCAGGGCUUUGGGUUGCCUUCCCUGUGAAUUGCAAGAGAGGAUGAUAACAGAGGAAAGUAGAAUGAAGUUCAACAAGCUUCAAGAAUCUCUGCAGUCCGUUUCUACAGUGGAUGAUGCGUUGAGGAUGUUUGGUGAAUCGCUGUCAAACAGAUCGUUACCCGAACCAACCGUUGAAUCUUCGCAAGACCGAAGAUCUAAAGAUUGUUUCCAAAAUUACCAAUGUGAGUUCGAAUCGCUUAUGCGUGAAUUGCCUGCUGUGAUAUUGCACUCAGAUGCAAACUAGUAUUACUUGUGUUGUGUUUUGCCCUAUUUGUGAAAUAUUUCUGCUGCUUGUAAAGCAAGUGUUUACACUCACAAGAAUAAUGCCCACUUAUCUAUGAUCCCUACAUUGCCCAUGAAUUUUUGUACUCUUACUUUGCAUAUUUGACUUUUCUUGGUCAACCUUUAUAAACUUUGACCUAAUUU